UCGAACGCUUCCGUCCGAUUCACGACCUUUUGUCCUCGUGCGCGUCGUCGACCGACAUGCCGCGUUGCUUUUCGCGCGACCGCCGCCGCACGCGUAUUCCUUGUUCGAAAGGAACCGCCACCCACUACGCCACGAUGACGUAUCCGGUCCUUAUCCGUGGACCGCCGCGAUCGUUGUCGCUGACAAUUGUAUGAAAUUACAAACACAAUGGCGGGAAAGCCGCGCGAAAUCUGAUAGUUUUCUUUAAUUCUCAUUCGUUUCAUAUUGCAAAGAGACGCGCAUCUGUAUUAGAUAUACGUGUAUACAUGUUUAUUUAGGUCGAGAAAAUCACUGAGAAGAGAGAACAUUUUAUCGAAUAACCUCCAAAUAGAAUAGAAUUAUCUGUUGGAGAAAUUGAUUCUUUCUAGUGCCAGUGUACAAAACGUAUAUCUAGUGCGUAUUGUAUUAGCGUUAAGACUCUUAUUUUCUUACCGUGGAAGUCUUGAUUGUGAAGUCAAAAGUAAAAAAAUACACUCAAAAAAUUCUUAAAAAAUACAUUAAGAUAAAAAGAUAUAUUCAUAUUGCAACUUGCAAUCGAUUGAGUGGAUUUGUAAAAUACUCUGAACAUUUUGUUCAAUGUUCGAAUAAUUAAUAAAUAACCAUAAAAUUAAUGUGACAUAUAAUCUUUCUCUCUAAUCUAUCUUCUCUCAUAAUUUUGUCACGUUGAUUUUAUGGUUAUUUAUUAGAACAAAGGGAAAAAGUAUUCGGAAAUUUUGUAAACAUAUUAUUUUAUUUUAACAUAUUUUGCAAGAAUACUUAAUAUGUAUUUUCUCGUAUCCGAAGUCAUAAAUCAAGAUAAUCCCGAGACUCCAAAAGUCUUAAUGUCACAGAUGAUAUUAAUAAUUGCAAAAGUCUAAUACUUAAAUUUGUAGUAACUCAGUUAUCAUCUAAUUUUCUCUCUCUUUCUUUUUGCUAUCUUAUCUUAACUUUUUUCAGAAAAAUAUCAACCAACUGCAAGUCAACCACGUGACUGUAUGAAUAUCCCUUUGCUAUUUGAAUCCUCGGUUGUGUUCAAGGCGGACAGUUCAGACAUUUUGGCUCGCUCGCGCGGGUUUGUCAAGAACGAGACGCAAGGUCAAUUCUCUGUUGAAGAAAGAGGUCAACGGGACGCUUGCGUAAGCCUGGCUUAGGGCCAUCGAGUUGCGGAGGGACCGCGAGCCACAGUUCAAUGAAGUAACGUCAAGGUACAGAGUGUAUUUAUACACGCGUUCGAAGAGAGGAAUACGCGCGCGCGCGCGUGUAAACCUUCCGUUCGCGAAAUUGGACGUUGCUAAAAGUAACCAUCCAAUUUUGCCUACGCAUGCGGUACUACAUCGAUAUCGAGAUUACGAGACACUUGUCAACGUCCGUGUGUCUAUCAGCGAUCUCUCCGUGUGUGCGGGAAAUGACUGUGAUAGCUCGAUAACAUUCGAAUUAUACUUGGCAUUGUCCUUGCGCUCGAUAAAUCUUGAGAUAAUGAGAUAAGACUUGCAGGCUAAUGCAAGUCGAGGAAUCUUUCAAGUAGAUUUGCUGAGGAAUUUGGUUUCGUGUGGGAAAGAUCAACGGUCAAUGUAUGACGCUAAUUCUCAAUACUGGAUUUCGUGACAAGCAAAAAACGGCUGACAAAUAAAAGCUGUAGGACAAAGCUUGAAUAAAGUUAACUAAAAAUAAUGACUUUCCAGAUAGUAUCAGCUUCUAAAAAAUGUGUUAGAAACAUUCGUGUAAAUAUUCAUACGCAUAUCUGUUAAAGUUAUGUCAUUUCUUUCUUUUAGACAUCUCGUACAAGACGUUUGUGUUGUUUGGUUUAUUAUUCGUUUACGUUUCGCAAAGUUGAUUUAAAGAUAAUGCUUAUUAUUUCAUAAGUUCUUCGUAGCUCAUUAUCUGACCAAAGCGGUGUCUAACGCAUAUCAACAUUUCCGGUUCAUCAUCGGACGGCAUCGCAUAAGAGGAUGAACGUCACGCUCUGAAUGACGAAAUAGGAGUGCGGAAAAACGCAGAAUGAGAAAGCAUGGUGCGCAGUGCUUCAUUUCUAAGUUCUUGAGAGUGUACCAUCUGACCGGAACCUGUCGACGUUCCAUCAAGAAUGCGUUAAAGUUUUUUACGACGAAAUAUUACAUUUCGUCGUGUACGUGAAUAGAGGUGAGAUCGAUGAAACGUCAGUGACAUCGGCACGGAUUUACAAUGUAAUCAUACUACAGUUAAACCAUUAUGUCGUCCAUUAUAAAUGUUGCCUGAAGAGAAGGCAAAAAUCAGCAACAUGACGGAAGGCACAGAAAUCCAACCAAAUGCGAGCAAUGAAGCUCAAGCUGAAGCCUUGGAAUCAAGAACAACACACAAUGAAGGACUACAUGAAGGAACGGCUGAAUCAGCAUCACAAGCUAUCCUUGAACCAGUACAAGAGCUGCUCACAGUUCAUGGAACUACACAGGGAGAAAGCAGCGAUGCUGUUAGUAUUUAUACUGCCAGUACUUCAGUAUCUGGCAAUGAAUCAAGUUCAAGUAGAGUCAGUGCGAUAACUGUAGUACUGCCAUGGGGUGCCCAAAAGGAGACAGUAAAACCACAACAAAUAGGAGACAUGGACUUGAGACCAGGAGAAUAUGUGAUGCGCAUUCUAUUUGCAGAAUUCACUUCACAGGCUGAAAAGAAAAUGGAAGCUGUUAUGACAGAGCAUGAGAAACAACUGUCGAAAGUCUUGCAAAGAGGGGAAGAUCCGCAAUUUGAUCAGCUUUUAUCAGCUUUUGGUUCAGUUGCCGAGCACUGUCUGCCAUCAAUAUUAAGAGCUCUGUUCAACUGGUACGAGCGUCAACUCGUAGAUCAAGGCGGUGAUCAAAAGAAACCUGGGAAGGAAGAUCAAAAGGGGAAAAGCAUUAUGUAUACAAUUGUAUCAGGAAGUGUAGAAACAGUGGAAAGGAGUGAAGCAGACUUAUUGCAAGAACGCAGAGAUCUUGCUGUCGAAUUUAUAUUUUGUUUAAUGCUGAUCGAGGUUUUACGUCAAUUACCGUUUCACCCCGGACAUGAAGAUUUAGUAACCUACAUAGAAAAUAUUGCUUUUAAACAUUUUAAAUAUAGAGAAGGUAUACAAAAUGAACCAAAUGCAGCUAAUAUUCACAUUAUUGCGGAUCUUUAUGCCGAAGUAAUUGGAGUUUUGGCGCAGUCCAGAUUCAUGUCAGUGAGAAAGCGGUUUAUGGUGGAAUUGAAAGAAUUACGCGCUAAAGAGCUAGGCCCACAUACUACGCAGAGUAUUAUUUCUCUGUUGAUGGGAAUGAAAUUUUUCAGAGUUAAGAUGGUACCAAUAGAAGAGUUUGAGGCAUCAUUUCAAUUUAUGCAAGAAUGCGCUCAAUACUUCUUAGAAGUAAAAGACAAAGAUGUGAAGCAUGCCUUAGCUGGUCUGUUUGUCGAGAUAUUAGUUCCCGUUGCUGCUGCUGUGAAAAAUGAAGUGAACGUACCAUGCUUGAAAAACUUUGUAGAAAUGCUGUAUUCAACAACAUUGGACAUGUGUACAAAAUCCAAACACAGGCUUGCACUUUUCCCUUUAGUAACCUGUUUGCUCUGUGUUAGCCAGAAAACAUUCUUUUUGCAAAAUUGGCACUACUUUUUAGCAAUGUGUCUGUCUCACUUGAAGAAUCGCGAUCCAAAAAUGUGCCGAGUUGCGUUAGAGGCUUUAUACCGUUUACUCUGGGUUUACAUGAUACGAAUCAAAUGCGAGAGCAACUCAGCUACGCAAAGCAGACUACAGAGCAUAGUAAAUUCUCUGUUUCCCAAAGGAUCGAAAGCAGUAGUACCGCGAGAUACACCGCUGAAUAUUUUUGUCAAGAUCAUCCAAUUCAUCGCACAGGAGAGAUUAGACUUUGCGAUGCGCGAGAUAGUGUUCGACUUGCUGUCCGUCGGUCGACCGGUGAAGAUAAUUUUAACUCCUGAACGUAUGAGUAUCGGACUUCGGGCAUUCCUCGUCGUAGCUGACAGUUUGCAGCAAAAGGAGGGAGAACCGCCGAUGCCUCGCACUAUGGGCGUACUGCCAAGUGGAAACACCAUGCGUGUGAAAAAGACAUUCUUAAACAAAAUGCUGACAGAGGAUACCGCGCGAAGCAUAGGAAUGUCGUCAUAUUUCCCACACGUACGCCGAGUGUUCGUCGAUAUCCUACGUGCGUUGGACGUUCAUUAUGGCAGGCCUCUCAUGAUGACCAGCACUCAGAAUAUGAACAAAGAACCGGACGAAAUGAUCACCGGAGAGCGCAAGCCUCGGAUAGACCUCUUUCGAACUUGUGUCGCCGCGGUGCCGCGAUUGAUUCCCGAUGGAAUGACUGGUGCUGAAUUGGUCGAUUUGCUGUCUCGCUUAACGGUUCACAUGGACGAGGAACUGCGCGCGUUGGCGUAUCAAAGUUUACAAACCUUAGUGUUAGAUUUUCCCGACUGGCGACAAGAUGUCAUCCUCGGAUUUACGCAGUUUCUAGCUAGAGACGUGCAAGAUACAUUCCCGCAACUUGUAGACAAUGGUCUUAGGAUGCUGUUACAACUUCUGACAUGCUGGAAAAACGCUUUGACGAGUCCCAGUAUAAGAUCCAAGGAACAAUCGGUGGAUAAUACGCGGGUGAAUAUACGUAUUGACGUUGGCAUCAAGAAAUGCGAAUCAGGCCAGAAAGUGGAGCCUGUGUCGAAUAUAUUUUAUCUGGUGGAAGGAUUUGCCUUGGUUAUGCUCUGCAAUUGUCGUCUUUAUCCUCGACGACUAGCUGUUCAUAUACUUCGCGAAGUUAAACUUCUGUUGAAGACUCUGGGAGCACCGGAAGAUGAUCAGCCUGUUAUCGAUGUGAUCGAUUCUUGCUGUCCUGCUGUUUUGGAAAAGUGUUAUCCUAUGCUGCCGCCGGCUGAAAAAGCGGCGGCUGCGUCUACGUCUAACGUGGAUCUGCAAUGGAUAGCGGACAGAAGUAGUUGUGUUUGGACAGCUGGAUUUCAUGAUGAAAAUAGCACUAAGAGUUCUUCAUCGCUUAAUCUAAACGGUGCCGAUCCAUGGGCUAGUUGCUUAUUCGCUUUCUUAGAAAAGGAUAGAGUUCUCACGCUAUGCCCGAAUGCAGUGGCUCACUCGUGGCCAAUUGUCUUCAGUCGCAUAAAUUCUCUAUUUUCGGUGGUAGAUCCUACUCCAGUAAAUGAUAACCGGGCCUCGUUACUGAGAAGUUCUACGACAGUCAGAAAGCCGGUGAAUGAGAGAGAUGUCUAUAUGCAUAUUUGGAAGAAUUAUCUGACUUUUGGGUACAGAGUUGUGCCACCUGUGCCGAAUCCAGUUGUUCGAUGCGCCAGUCCGGAUCUCAGUCUCAGUGGUCAGCAUACGGUGGAGUUUGGUGUGUUGUGCAUGAGUAAGGAGUUGAGUCAGAGCCUGGAGAAUCUCGGCGGGGCGCAGACCCUGCCGGGCCGGUUCUCUGUACCGUCCAUUUCCGGCAUCUACACCAGGCAUAAGCGUACCAGCUCGUCGCCGGACAGUCUGUCUGCGGAACGUGGUGACAACAAGUCGCCGGGUACGAACGCGAGCCCCGCGGCCUUAUACAAGCUUACCGUACCUUUGUUAAGAUGCGAGGCCGCCGAUGUCAGGGAUGCCGCGGUUCAGGCUAUUGGAAAAGUAAAUGCCGACGCUUUAAAAGACUUAAUGGAAGAAUUGGUUCCUUACAUACGAGAAGCAGUCGAUCGAAAGCAGGAAAAUAUGAGACGGCGAAGGAGACGCGACGCUUUAAGACUGCAGCUAGUAAGAGUGUUGGAAUUGAUAGCCGAGUAUGGAACGUUUGGUAUCUGUCCGGCGGUAUUGGAUCGCGAGACGCAGUCUCUGCAUCCGACAUUUGUCGAGUACAUAGACGGUGCACGGAUUUAUUUAGAGAAUGAAACCGAUAAGGAAGCGCCUGCCGUGCGAGACAUUAAACUACAUUUUUGCAACUUCGUCAGAAAGAUGAUCAAGAGUUUCUCGUUGGAAACGUGUUACACCUUGUUGAAGAGGGAUCUAAGAAGAAACCUAUUCAUGCUAUUCGCUAGCUGGGCUGGUGUUUACGGUCGACCGCUUACGAGCACGUCGUCCUUGCAAGAAGAGGAGAAAUCCUGCACGGAACUGCAACUCUCAGCACUGCAAGCCAUGAGCGGAUUGUUGUGUUGCGGUUCAUGUUUCAAUCCACAGUCGCUUUCGGAGGAAGGCGCGAUUUUAUAUCAAUGGUUGGACUUGCUGUUAGCCAGUAAAGACGAAAAGAUUUAUACGCUCGCACGCGAAACAGUUGUAUUGCUGCUCGAGGGAAAUCCUGACAUCGGUACACUUCUAGAUUGGGUGGUAGAUCGAUGUUACACUGGCGCACCACAAGUGGCCGAUGGUUGCUUCCUUGCUUUGGCAACGAUCUUUAGCGCCAGGGAAUAUCCUUGCGACCAUUACACGAGCGUCAUCAACGUGACAUUGAUGAACACAGGAUGUCCGCGCGCUCCGGUCCACGACGCGGCUCUUCAACUUCUUCAGCUGCUGGAUCAACGCUUCUUUGGCAACGUAGGUCCACUUCCAGCUACGGAACUCGAGGCUGGACAUAAUGAUCCGCUUGCAAGUUCUACCGCUACCGUAACGUCCGGCCCGGGCCAACAAGGCAAUCCCGCAGGCGAAAUUUCUUCAGGCGGCACAAUUAGAGGCGGUACACUAGAUGUACUUCUAUCGACCACCUAUUGCCGUAGUCAAAUGUAUCUUUCACGUCAAUUGGCGCAGCUACAUCCGGAGCUCACAAUGCCAAUGUUCAGUGAGAUUACCCAUCGGUUUCAAACGGCUCGCAGAGAAGUUCGGCAAUUACUACUACAAUAUUUGUUACCUUGGCUACAUAAUAUGGAACUUGUCGAUCCCAACGUACCACCGCCGUCAAAUCCACUGAGUUAUUAUCAGUAUUACACGAGUGACGUGACGCGCGGAGGAACGCGCAGAGAAGGCUGGGGUAGCGCAGAAGCGACGGAAAUGGUGCUCAAUAAUCUCUUCUACAUUACGGCCAAGUUCUCGGAUGAACAUCCCAAAGAGACGGAAGAGCUAUGGGCUACUCUAUGCGGCUGUUGGCCCAACAAUCUCAAAGUCAUAAUCCGCUAUCUGAUCAUCGUUUCAGGAAUGGCACCUCAAGAGUUACUGCCAUACGCAAAGCGUGUAGUACUAUAUCUGGCGCGGGCUCGCCCAGAUCGUCUUGUCGAUGAGAUGAUGACGGAAUUGGAAACAGUCGAAACAUUGAACUGCUUGAUUGAAAGGACGGAAACACCGCCCUUUUAUCGACUCACCAGCAUGAGAAAAGCCUCGUCGCACAGCGACGCACCCGCUGCCGACCCUGCCAAUCCACCCCGAGAUCUCGGUGUCGAAAAAGGAACCAUUCAUACGAAAAGGCACUCAGGAGAGGAUCCCGUCAAAACCGGCUCAAAGUCCGAUACUGCGCUUCGAGCACUCGCGGGGUUUCAAACUCCAAGGGCAGAAAAGACAAGGACUGCGAGCGGUCCGCCAGUUCUUCCAGACGAUCUAUCAACUCCGACCACGGAAGCCGAAUUAACCACCGACGAAUCGUGCUAUGCCGCUCGUAACGGGCCCGUCGGAGUGAACGGAAAGAUGGCAUGCGUCGACGAGAAGUUCGAUAUUCCUCAACCGCACCCUUUACCGAUGCCGGAGUACGGUGGUUACUUCGCUCCUUUAACUGAGUACUUGCCCGACAGCUCUCAGCCAAUAAGCGGCUUUCAUAGAUGUAACAUCGCCGUAAUGUUGCUGACCGAUGUUGUCGUCGACGGAAUCCAGCUUGAUUGGGCCAUACAUGUUCCUCUGAUGUUACACAUAGUGUUUCUCGGUCUGGAUCAUUCAAGACCGCUCGUCCGCGAUCACUGUCGUUGCCUACUGUUGAAUCUGCUGGUCGUGCUUGGAGAUCAUCGCGAUCAUCUUGGAGUAGCGCGCGUGCUUCUCGCCUCGAAAACAGAACAAUUGGGAUUGGGAUUGUCUACUCCGGCUUUACCAGUGUUAGAACACAAUUUCACGGAGGUGGAUCCGGAAUUUGAUAGCUACCUGUACGGCCCUCCGCCAGCCCCGCCACCCACUACUCCACCACCGUCAUCUUCACCACCUCCACCUUCUUCGCCGCCACCUCCGCCGCCUCCACCACCUCCACCUCCGCCUCCACCUAUGCCUCCCGACUCGUCAGCAUCCCCACCGGUGCCUCCACCGCCACCACCGCCGCCUCCUCCGCCUCCCUUACCCUCUUCUUCGCUUAUGGACGAUACAUCAAUUCAUUCACCCUUACCAAACUCGACGUCCACUCCACCGAUGUCGAUGAAUCACGUGAAUCAGUCGAUGAUGGAUGAUUGUAAAGAUUAUGGGAAUUCUCAUUAUGAAUCAGCGGUGUGUAGCUGGCCAACUUCGAGCGGGACGACAACGACAACGACGACGGCGACGACAAAUGCAGUGCCGCCUGUAAUUGUAACGCCGGAAGACGUAAAUAACUGGACAGGUCCUCAGCCAGGACCUAAUAUGCCAAUACAAGACGUUAUUAAGUCUUUAAUUAAUUUCUUAGCAUCUAGAAUUAAUCAACCUUUAUGGAAUUACGAGGACAUGACCGCUAAAGUGUGGUGGGUCCGUAGCGCCGAGCAACUCACAGUAUUACUGCGUCACGUGUUACGUGUCUUCAGAGAUUCGCUGCCGCAUGCGUUAGUCAGUCAAAGAUGGGCGCAAACGGCAUUGCAAUUAGGUCUUUCUUGUUCGUCCAGGCACUAUGCAGGAAGAUCUCUGCAAGUUUUUCGGGCGUUGCGCGUCCCUAUAACCUCUAGAAUGUUGUCUGAUAUUUUAUCUAGACUCGUAGAGACAGUUGCCGAACAGGGAGAAGAUAUGCAGGGAUACGUAACGGAAUUGUUACUAACAUUGGAAGCUGCUGUCGAUUCUCUCGAGUCAGAUUUUAGACCGCUCGAUUUUAUGAAAGAAAUCUUUAAAUCGACACCGAAUUUGAAUAACAAAGACCCGGUAUCGGGAAUUAUAAUCGGAGGAAAGCGUAGCCCAGGAGGAAAUGGUUAUCCUGCUGGACCGCAUAUAUUUUCUCACUUAAACCAAGGUGGACAUACAAGGAGCACCAGCUAUUCGGUCAGUUAUUGCAUGAAGAGAUCCAGCGGUGGCAAUUCCGCAGCUAGUGACAUAAAAGAAUUGGAAAAUAGAGUCGGUGGUAGCAAAUAUCCCAACUCAAAUCUGUCUAGAUCAAGAUCAGCGCAAUCCUUGAAGUUAUUAGGCGAUUCUGCGACGCAGGAUGACAAGAUGACUAUAUUAGCACAGCUGUUUUGGUUAUCAGUAUCUUUGCUUGAAUCAGAUUACGAGCAUGAGUUCCUUUUGGCGCUGCGGCUUCUCAGCCGUGUGCUACACAGAUUACCGCUCGAUCGACCAGACGCUAGAGAUAAAGUUGAAAAACUGCAGCAACAACUACGAUGGACCUCGUUUCCCGGCGUACACGCACUUUUAUUGAAAGGAUGCACUAGUCCCAAUACGUACGAGCCAGUCGUUACGUUAUUAUCUCAAUUUACACCUCUGUUAGAUCUACCAGUAGUUGAUCCUACGCAAAGCCUUGCGUUUCCGAUGAACGUUGUAUCAUUGCUACCUUAUAUGUUACUGAAUUAUGAGGAUGCCAACGAACUUUGUAUCAGAAGCGCCGAAAAUAUUGCACAAGUAAGUGCAGAAAAAGGGAAGAAAUUGGAAAAUCUUGGUACAGUCAUGACAUUAUACAGCCGACGUACCUUUAGCAAGGAAAGCUUCCAGUGGACUAAAUGUGUAGUGAAAUACUUAUACGACUCGUAUGCUCAUCUCAGUUUCAACAUGCUUGCUUUCCUCGUGGAGGUUCUAGAGAAAGGCCCGAGCAGUGUGGCAUUACCUGUACUCAGUAUUAUACAUUGUAUGUUGCAUUACGUAGAUCUAGCGUCACCAGCCGCGCAGCCGAUCAACACCGAGCUUUUGAGAGUGAUAUCUAAAUAUGUCGAGGGAACUCACUGGAAAGAAGCGCUUAAAAUUUUGAAGCUUGUAGUAACGAGAUCGUCUACACUCGUAGCUCCGCCGACAUCGAUGCACGGUUCAUCCUGGGAAUCUUCGUUGGCGUCACCACAUCCUAGUUUCACCGACACCGAGAUAUUUACCAAGAAAGAAUUACCUGGAAGGACAAUGGACUUCACAUUUGACCUGUCCCAAACGCCAGUGAUUGGUCGACGAUGGUUGAUACGUCAAGGUGUGGAAGAGAAGUCACUCGGUUCUCCGCGUUGCUCGUUAUCCUUAUCUCCAGCUGACAAUAGUACUAUCGCAGGAUGGAAGAAACCUUGGAUGUCACAAGGUCGCGUCAGAGAGUGCUUAGUAAAUCUAUUGACUACGUGUGGACAAAGAGUGGGAUUACCAAAGAGCCCAUCGGUUAUAUUCAGCCAAAGUUCGGACUUGAUGGAAAGACAAUCAUCUAUGGCUUCUUCAACGGAGGAAGUUUCUGGUGCAAAUAAUGAUUUGAGCGGAGGAUCUAGACGGGACGAUGAACAAUUUGGCGUAUUUAAAGACUUCGACUUCCUUGAAUACGAAAGUGAAAGUGUCGAGGGCGAGAGUACGGAUAACUUUAAUUGGGGUGUUCGACGUCGUCCUCUUAGCGAGGGAGAAGAGCGAGAACCUAGUUUGAGACAAUUCGAGGAAAGUCUAAGUGAGAAGACGCCAUCGUCCAGCAAACAUACUACACGGCGUGGAGUUGCCGAGGAAUCGUCAGACGAUGAAGCCGGAUCGGAAUCGCCCUUGGACGAAGUACCAGGUGGUUCCGGGACGGGCCAGGAAACGAACAGCAUUCCGGGAAUGUUCCCGCCAUCUUCUCUCUCGCUGAUACCGAGUCGCACGCGUCACGACUCAUCCACAAGGUCUGACACAUCCGGUUCGAGUGCGGGAGACCUCGGAGAUGUGACACCAUGCAACGCAUCACCGAAUCUGUCCACGCUGAUGCCCUUUCGACAGGUUGUACGAGACGAUGCUGAAGAUAUCUGGAAACAACAAAUUCAAAGUCUCAUCACUCAAGCUCCAUAUAAUACUUUGAGCUUUUUCCAGUUGCUGAGCAAGAUUUUAAGAGAUGUGAGCAGUAAGUCCGUCGGUCUUACACGCGAGGCAAGCGCUUUACUCAGCAACGGUAGCUCCGCUUCGGCUCACUUGGGUUGCCACUUAUCUAGUCAUGCCGAGCUACUCAGUUCGAAAGCCGAGCCGCCUUUGGUAUGGUUCUCCGUAGCUAUAUUCGCGAAUCAGCGAUUAAACGAGACAUUGCGCUUCGGAAUGUUGGAGGUUCAGGAACAUCUAGAAACAUUUCUGUAUAGAAAGGAUCAUGCUACGGAAUGUUUGGAAGCAGCUAAAGCGACUGCUAAGCUUCAAGCGUUAGGCAGCAGUCACACCACGGAAGCGGGUGUCGAAGAGAUGCUGUUGGAUAUGGGCCGAGCGCUCUAUAAACUGCACUUUCAACUUCUGUUGCUAAUCGAGGCGUCUAACAAGAUGUUGGGUGCGCUAAUGAACGCCGCCAGAAACGUGCAAAUUCCUCUGCAAGAUCUUUCCAUCGAGAUCGCCAAUAUGAAAAUAGCCUUGAGUAGAGCGCUCGAGGAGAGCACCGAGAGCGAACGAGGGACACCUACUCCAACACCUAGUCCUAGUCCUUUGCCAGGUGCCGGUGCCGUGGAAGAAGUUGCUAGAGUCGCGGAACUGCUGAGAAACGCACGAUGGUGCCCGGCACUCGAGGCCGUGAGACUACACAGAGCACAAUGGCCAGGCGAUCCUUUCCACGACGAUGACGACGUAACAACUGCCGUUAACAUGUACUGCAAAUAUAUAGGCCAAGAUAGAUCGGAUAUAUUCGUGGUGACGAGAAAAGACGACGAGAUGUCGGAGAUUUUUGGCAGACUUAUGGAAAGCCUAUUCGAAGUUCUCGCGGCUGUGACAGGAUUGGAAGCGUCUACGAAAGCGGCGCGUAUGCAACAUGACCACACUAAUCACUCCAAAAAUGACUGUUAAUAUAAGCUUUAAUGACCUAGUAUUACAGAUUGUUUAUGUAAACUUAAGUCGGCGUAUACAUAUAUAUUUAUAUUUAAUUGUCGUAUGUGUGUAGAGAGAGAGAGAGAGAGAAAGAGAGAGAGAGAGAGAGAGAGAGAGAGAGAGAGAGGGAGAAAGAGAGAGAGGUAUCUUAUAUAUGAUUGUAGAUGAAUAUACAUCAUGAUAAAGAUAAGUGUUGCAACUAUUUAUGUAUAUGCGUAGAAAGAGAAGAUUUGUUUUUUUUUUUUACACAAAAACGUAACGAUCGCUAUUGACUGUAUAUUCGACAAAAUAAAUUAUCUCGAGAUCUCGACGAUGACAGUACUUUGAAAUCCGUUCUCUACAGGUUAUUUUGUCGAAAUGAUUACACGAAAAAAGCGAUCGGUAUACAAUAUGCAAUUUGCGAUGACAGGCCAGAAUUUUGAAUCUUAUCAAGACAUUGUGCGCUUCGCGAGAAGAUUCAUCGAUUCCAUCAUCACCGCAACGAUAAAGAUUAUUACUAUCAUGGUUCGUUAAUCUUGAUUAAUUAAAAUGUUUUUAUAGCUUUUUAUGGAAUUUUCUUCUAUACAUUUUCUCGGAUUAUCGUUGGGAAGUUACCUUGUUUUUGUGCACUUGCAAUAUUUGACUUAUUCCAGAAUGAUACAUAAAAAAUAAAUUUUAUUGUCAUCUUAGUACAUUAUCAUAUCAUCAUAUUACUAUGUGAUUAUAACUCUUGAAUAUGUUACAACUGUAUUUCAACAUUGUAUAAAUUAUUAUGUAUUACGAGA